UACAUCACUUCCUAAAAAGCAGGCAAACACUUCUCCUUCAAGUUCGCACCUACCCAAACAAGCAGGAAACAGGAAAUGUUCACGUUUCAGGGAGGCUGAAGCCAGCACAGCAUCAUGCCGGAGGGAUUGCCCAGGAGAGGGGACAGGAAGGCCCCCCGCGCUGCCCUCAUCUUUGCCCUGAUAAUCGCGCUCCUUCCCUAUGGCCGGGCUCAGGAGAGUUCUGGUGCAGCAGAUGAGCCAACAGUUGAGCCAACAGAUAUACCCGAGGAAGUGGGAAGUACAGAUAAAGAUGCUACUAUUAUAACUACAAUUGCUGCGACAACAGCCCCAGAAACAUUCACUGAAAGUACGGAUUCUACCCUCCUGGAUGAAGAUGAUCAUCAGCUAGAGUUCAUAUUAAUGGUGUUGAUCCCGUUGAUUUUAUUGGCACUCCUACUCUUAUCGGUGGUAUUCAUUAUGAUAAGAUACAAAAGAAAAAAAACUAAACAAGAAGCUUCUAUCCAAGGAUCUCAGAGUAUUUUCCAGACAUAUGAACUGGGAAGCAACAGCUUGAAACUCCCAAUUUUUGAGGAAGACACACCCUCCGUUAUGGAAAUAGAAGUGGAAGAGCUUGAUAAAUGGAUGAGCAACAUGAACAGAAAUGCCGACAGUGAAUGUUUACCUACUUUGAAAGAAGAAAAGGAAUCAAACCACAGCCCAAGUGACAAUGAAUCCUGAAACUGAAUGGGGCUCAUGUUUUCCAAGAGAAGCAGCUCCGGAGGGAGCCUGCAGGGCCUGCCAAGAGAGGAUGAAGAGGAUACAAAUUUAAUUAAUUUCAAAUCAACAUAGACACAAGAAUCUCCCGUUGUUUCGUCCAAUGCCCACUGCUCCUAACGAUGGCAUCACCUGUACUUGGAAGAAUGUGCUAUUGAGAAGUCCGAGGAAAACGCCUGGCUGCCAUCCAUCGCUGAGGGGGGAGGAGCCCUGUGACACCUUGGCCUUGGCCAGGCUCUCGCUGACGCACGCACUCUGGCCAGGCCCUGCUCUCUGCUCUAGGUGGUGUCCCUGUUACCUUCUGCUUCAUUCCUCAGGGUUCAAAUCAGGGAGCUGUUUUAUCUAUGGUUUCCUUCUGGGUCACAUUGCUACCUAAUUAGCUUUGGAUAAUUUCCUCUGAUUAGUCAAGUGCUUUGAUAGGUCACCUGCAUCUGGCAGGACCUUCUCUCAAGGUGAGUCAAACGAUGCAUACAAGCAAUGUAAGUUGUAUACACCAGGCCAGAGUUUGGCAAAGUGCUUUCUGCCAGCCAGGAAGACACAGGGAGAGCCCACAGUCCUGAGAUGUUGUUGGGUGACUUUUGGCCAGAUCCAGUCGCUCCUGGGAACUUCUCAGAGGAAGAGGAAUCUCCAACGAAAGAGCAAACGUUUCUCUCUCAGCUAAAAAUCAGCUACUGGUUCACACUUCCCCCAAGCUCGUUCUCCUUGUCCCCACAGCUCCCUGGCAUGCAUGCCGGUAGGAAAUGUGCGCAUGGGGGGGUCAUCUGUCAGCCUCGGAUUGUUUGUCUCCGAGAUCUUUAAGGUCACUCGAGACAAACAAAAGGGGAAUAGGAAAUAUCUGCGCCUGUGGCAGAUGUCACUCACCACCCCGGUGGUCUUUCUUGCCAAGUUGGAACACUCCUCAGAUCCUCCAGCUCUCCAGGCCGCUAUCAGCCCAUCAGCCCUUCUCUGUGAUUUCUACGUCAUCUGUGUUGACGUCCUUGUGCUGGCGCAAUGGCGCAACACCCGGAAGGGCCUGUUUGUCUCUCCCACUCACGCAGAAUCAAUCUCCACGUAAUCCUUGGUUUUCAAGUUCUGACCUUUAGAGCAAACUAGGAAAUAGGAGCUCCUCGGGAUAGCUCCUCCUCCUACGUACGACACCGGAUAUUGUAUUCCAGAAAAGAAACAAAGAAUAAAACGUUUUAUUUAUUUUAUUCCUCGAGCAUAUAAACUGAAGGAAGAGGAGGUUUACCAAACAUUUGCUGCUGAAUUUGGGGUCUUGUGUUUGAAAGGCUGCCUUUCAUGCAUAACAAAAACUGGCCCCUCCUCCCUUUCUGAAUCCAGUUAACUUGUCCUCGCUUUCUGAAUUAAGCUCCUACUUUUGAGCACAGGGUCCCAAAUCAGGGAGGUCGUUCCACACAGUGAAAGGCAGAACUGUGUUGUUCGACCGCUGUUGUUAUCCCGUCCUACACUGCACAGAGCUUUAGCAAAAGACACUUUCCUGAUACUGUCAUACUCUCUUUGGGACAUCCUAAUGUGCCAUUUUUGUUUCCAGUGUGGUUGUACAUAUUCAUAUUUAACUUGUGGUCCAUGGUGACUCUCAGAUCUUUAUGCCAAAAUUGCCCCGUUCUGAGUCACCAUUCUGCCUAUGUGGUUACUUGUUCCUCAUCAGCAUUUGGCUCUCAGAAGAGUCUCUCUUCUCUCUCUCUCUCUCUCUCUCUCUCUCUCUCUCUCUCUCUCUCUCUCUGGGUCGCUAAGAUUCUAGCUGAACACUUUGACCUGUAAACUCCACCCGACCCAACCCAGUAAUGGACUUUAGAAGUUCUGAGAAGUUCAGGAGUCUUGGAAUCUCAUUUGAUGAAGCAAUAUUUUAUAUGAUAAAAUUGUUCUUACUUAGUAUUUAAAAUAACUUCGGAUUCCAGAAGAAGCCAAAUUUCAGCAACAAGGCAUUGAGUUUAUGGUGGAAAAACUCACUAACUUCUAUAAUUGUACACUGUACAAGGCUCUUCUUAAAGUUGUAGGUAAUUCUGGCAAGACUAGAAGUUGGUGUGGGUGGGAGCAGCCAAAGGCUACUUCUAGCACCCUGUGGGCUUACAGUUCCAAUCAGCUGGCAUCACAGAUUCAUGAUAAUUAAAACAUUUUUGAAAACCCAAACUUAAUUUUAUGUUUCAGAUUGUUAGUAAAAAAUCUCAUUAAUUUGCCCAAAUUAGGUAGCUAAUCAGAUCAAAACCUGACUUUAGAAUUCUUAAAAAAUACAUAUUUUGUUGCAUUUUUGUACACUUUAAGCACACCAGGUUAACAGCAUUGCCUAGUCGAACUCCUCAGGACCUUUGUUUUAAUAAGUGUGUAAAAAUAACUGUCCUAUGUCAGUGAUGUGACUUCUCUCCCUGGGAAGGCCACCGUCACCCAAACAGGAGCACACGGCAUGGGUCAGCCGUGACACCCACAGGGGUUACAGGUGCUUGUGUGGACACUGUUGUAGCUCUAGCAAUGCAAAUAGUUUCUUUAAGAAAUAUUUUGUCUAUUUUUUCAUUUUGGAUAUUUAAAAAUCCAUUUUCACCAGCUCUGAGAGAAGGCCCUGUGUUGAGUGAACAUGAAAUGUAGAUGCUAAUUUCAACCUCUGUCAGAAUUAGUACCAAUUCUGAAUAUGGUGAAGUGAUAAGACAUGGUUUCAUACUGGGGAGACCCUGCUGAAAUUCUCAGAGUGGGUAAAAGAUUGAAAUUUAAAAUUAAAAGAAAUGUACACAUGGUACUUUUUCACACUCAGAAGACACUCAGGAUAAAUUCUGGGGUUUUCAUUUAAUAUCUCCAAUAAGCAGUCCAAGGGAGCUUCUCUCAUAGAUUGUUAUUUGUAUCUUAUAAUAAGCAGAAGAGUCACUGUAUAUUAGUUGGAGUAGAAUUAGUCAAAUUUGUUAUUAAUAAUUUCAGAACCCAAACAACCAAUUAUUAUUAUUAUUAUUAUUAUUAUUAUCAUUAUCAUCAUCAUCAUCUCUUUGACCUUGCCUGAUACUGCUUCGUUUAGCACCAAAAUUUUAUCCUUUUGGGGGUGGUUAUUUGUAGAUAACUGGUGGGGGUUUUUUGUUUUGUGUUUUGCCAUGUUACCUUUUCUAAAUAAUAUGUUAUAUUCAUGAGGCAGAAAUUCAUACAAUUAUAUAAAAUAAAACUUUUUUU